UUCUCAUUCAUUCCCAAAUAGUUUCUAAGCCGGAACAUUUCGCCAGUUCAGGAUAGAUCCAAGGACGUACAGGAUUUUUACACACCACCCACCAUACAUACAUGAUUUUAACCAAUUCGUCAUCACCGUCAUCGCUGCCUCUCAUAGUCUUCAUAGAGUUCAACCGCACUUAAAAUCUUACCUAGGGUUUUUCCUUGGACUAUUUUCUUUUUCCUUUUUAUGCGCCAAUGAAGCCAAUAAGACUUCCGGAGCCGCCAGGGAGCCCGCAACCGAUGAGCGGAUUGGCCGAUGUUUUCGACGGCGACGUUAAAGGCGUUAUCCGACGAGCUGUCAUCAUUGGCAACGGUUACCCGGCAUCGGAAAAUCAGAGUGUUGGGUUGGUUCGCGCCCUCGGUUUAUCUGAAAAUCAAACUCUCUAUUUUUCAGGCCAAACGUUUCUGCCUUACUUGCUGCGUUUUAUGCUUAUAAGGAACUUCGAAUUGGUGAGUACAUACAAAAGAGUGAAAAGGAGUGAGCUUGAGGACAAGGCCAUAGAAGCUUUACGAGUUACGAGACCGACGGGAGGUAUCAAUGAGUGGCUGCACUGGCUCCCGGUUUCUGUUCACAAAAAGUUGUACUAUAUAUUUAGCCAGAUAUAUGGAUAUUCGCAAAUUUUUAUUGCUAGAAGAGGGACGAAGCAAACUCCUUUCCCCAGGGAGAAUGGUGUCGGUGUAGGUUUGUCAAUGGUGCUGGAAGCUGAUGUGAAGAAUAUUGUCAAACUAGCCAAAGAAACUUUUGAGAAGGAUGGUCCUCUACUUGUGGUAGCAUCUGGCAGAGAUACCAUUUCAACUGCAAGCUCUAUAAAAAGAUUGGCAUCUGACAAUGUGUUUGUUGUCCAGAUUCAGCAUCCAAGAUCCCGUUUAGACAGGUUUGAUAUGGUGAUAACACCAAUGCACGAUUAUUACCCAUUUACUCCUGAAGCACAGCGACAGGUUCCUCGCCUUUUCCGGAAAUGGAUUACGCCCGAUGAACCUCCUAAUGAACGUGUUGUCCUCACAGUAGGAGCCCUCCAUCAGGUAGAUUCUGCCGCACUACGAAGUGCAGCUAUCGCCUGGCAUGAUGAGUUUGCACCUCUCCCCAAGCCUUUGCUGGUUGUGAACAUUGGAGGGCCCACAAGGUACUGCAGAUACAGCACGGACCUCGCAAAACAAUUAUCAGCGUCUCUGCAUAAUGUCCUCACAAGCUGUGGAAGUGUGAGAAUAUCUUUCUCAAGGAGAACACCAGAAAAGAUUUCUAACACAAUAAUUAAAGAAGUCGGAACUCAUACAAAAAUCCACAUAUGGGAUGGUGAAGGACAGAAUCCGCACAUGGGACAUCUGGCCUGGGCUGAUGCUUUUGUAGUCACUGCUGAUUCGGUUAGCAUGUUGAGUGAGGCUUGCAGUACAGGGAAGCCUGUUUAUGUUGUUGGGGCUGAACGCUGUACGUGGAAGUUUGUAGAUUUCCAUAAAAAGUUAAGGGAAAGAGGCCUUGUUCGACCUUUUACUGGUCUUGAGGAUAUGUCAGAAAGCUGGAGUUACCCACCUCUAAACGAUACUUCAGAGGCCGCAAACCAAGUUCGUAAAGCGCUUGCCGAGCGUGGGUGGAGAUUGAGGCCGUAAAAACAAUUUUUCUACUGUUUGUGUGGAUGUUUAAUCUAUUUGCGCGAAAUGUGUGUUUACAACAGUUUGUGUUUUACUAUUUCUUCAAGUUGCAGCAUUUCCUCUUGAAAUAGAGAUAGAAGAACCACAGACGACACAUACAUAAAAUGUUUAUAAAGCCUUGGUAGCUGUUGCAUAUUUGUUCUGCACAAUGAUUAUUGACUUCAUUAAUGCGGCCUGUAUGUACAUAAGGAUACUUUGAGUUGGAUUCAAUUGAAUAAUGUAAAAUGCAAUUAAAUUUGUUUGGACAAAGUAUUGGCCUUGGUUCGGUA